AUGUACGAGACGGCACUCGUGAAUGCCCGGAGACGUAUCCCGUAUUCUUUGGGAACGGGGAAACUCCCCGCACCGAAAGAUGGGUUAAAGAAGCGUCCGACGCGGGAGGAGGAGGAUCGGUUGAGUGUGGAUGUGGAAAGGUUGUAUGAGCGGUUAUUACCCAGUCCAGACAGUAAUGAGCGAAGAGCGAUGUUUGUCCAACGCCUGGAGAGUAUCCUGAAUGAAGCGUGGCCUGGGCAGGAUAUCCAGGUACAUACGUUUGGGAGUACGGAGAAUUUAUUGUGUACGACUACGAGUGACGUCGACGUGUGUAUCAUCUGGCCUGGGUGGGAGGAUUUGGGGUUGAAGGUUUGUGCGAUUGCACGCGUGUUGAGUGCGAAGGGGAUGGAGAGGGUCGUGUGUGUGCCGGGGGCGAAGGUCCCGAUUGUGAAGGUCUGGGAUGCGGAGUUGAUGGUUGCGUGUGAUAUGAAUGUCAACAAUACGUUGGCGUUGCAUAAUACGAAAUUGGUCAAGGCCUAUGUGGAACUGGAUUCGAGGGUGAGGCCGUUGGCGAUGAUUAUCAAGUAUUGGGCCAAACGUCGGAUUCUGAAUGAUGCGGCGGGUGGGGGGACGUUGACUUCGUAUACCUGGAUCUGUAUGAUCAUCAACUUUCUGCAGAUGCGGGAUCCACCUGUGUUGCCGUGUUUACAUCGGAUACCGUAUGAGAAAAAGAUUGUCGAUGGUGUCGAUGUUGGGUUCUUUGAUGAUUUGGAAUCUCUCAGAGGGUUUGGGGAUAAGAAUGAUGAGUCGCUUGGUGGGUUAUUGUAUGCCUUCUUCAGACGGUUCGCGUAUGAGUUCGAUUAUGAUCGACACGUUAUCUCGGUCCGGCAUGGGUGUUUGCUGGAUAAAGAAGAGAAGGCAUGGCAUUUGAUGCAGAAUAAUCGGUUGUGCGUUGAGGAGCCGUUCAAUACUAUCAGGAACUUGGGCAACACGGCGGAUGAUACGAGUGUGAAGGGCUUGUGUCUCGAGUUUCGCCGGGCGUUUGGGUGUUUGAGUGAG